AUGCCGGCGCCGGCCUGGGCGCCGGCGCAGAUCGGAGCCGGCCUCGAGGUUGCCUGGCCCUGGCCGCGUCGCCCGAUGGCUCUGCUUUCACGAGCGGAGGCGCCAGGCGCCAGGCCGGGCGCAGCGGGGCAACAACCCGGUGGCGCCAGCCGGCGCGGCAGGUGGCCGGGUGGCCGCGGCGGAUUUCACGAAGGGCGGAUUUCGCGGGGCCGCUGCCACGCCGUGCGUCACAUCAGCGUGGCAUGGGAGGCCUAG